UCCCGUCCCUCCUUCAUAUCGUCUGAGUCCUGGCUUUAAGGAUGGACUGUGCACUGCUGCUGCUGUCCCUGUGGGCUCUGACUGGAGCGGUGUCCCCGCAGGCUCCAGGGUCGUGUCCGGAGAGACUUCUGGGAGAGGAGAGGAGGAGGACGUGUCCUCGGCCUUGCAAAGCUGACAAAGACUGUGGCAACAAGCGCCAGUGUCUGUGUGACGGCCAGUGUGGGCUCAGCUGUGUGGCUCCAGGUCGAACUUGUCCCUGGCCUCUGGCCCCCAGUGAAAUCUCUGACGCUCGUCUCCUCUCUCCCACUUACUCCUUUUCCGCCCUGCUUGAAGUGCGCUGUAAGACCGGAUACACGUUGCCCACUGGCUUGGAUGCCACAAUUCGUCGUUGUCAAGGUGACCGACAGUGGAGUGGGGAUGAGCCCAUCUGCACAGAGACUCAGUCACCUGAAGAACCUACCGCCGCUCAAACCUGCCCUCUGCCUGAGGAGAUCGUCAACACCUUCAGCAUCCAGGGCGAUGCUACAGCAGGAACUUCCAUCCACUACAGCUGCCUGUCUGGGGCGGAUAUAGUGGGGAGCAGUGAGAAUUUCUGCCAGGAUAACCAGACUUGGCAGUAUCCUCACCCCAUCUGUAAAAAAGUGUACUGCCAGCCUCCUCCAGAGGUGGAGCAGGGCUACGUGGUGGCUGUGCAGAAGACUGAAUAUGAAGUUGGCUUUGACAUCCACUACCUGUGUAAAAAGAACUUCCUGUUGGAUGGACCCCAGAAGGUCACCUGCCUGUCAAACAGCAGCUGGAGUGCAUCACCCCCACACUGCAGAGCUCGCUGUCUCAUCCCUGCUGAGCGAAGCCGAGUAGUGGUUGGUGGAUUGAAGCGUUGGCCGUUUGACGUGACAGACGCCAUGGUUCCUCACGGGGAAGAUGUGACGUUCUACUGCAGACACCCUCGUAAGCAGUGCAGCCUCACUGCAACCCAGACCUGCUUUGAUGGAAAGCUGCAGCCACCAGCCUGCUACCUAGAGCCCACAUGGCUGCAGUAUAAACUCUUCCCUCACCGGCUGGUCUCAGAGAUUGAAGCAUGUGAGCCUGAUGAUGUGGAGUGAUGACCUUGACUCGACCAACACUCAUGGCACUGUGUCACAAUAUGAACACCUCCUGACACACACCGUCACCCACAGCAGUCCCUCUCCACUCCACAGCUUUGCUUUCACUAUGUAUGCUAUGAUUGUGGUCUGUUUUCCCACUGCUCUUGUGGAGCCUGGGCUCGUGGGCUUUGUCCCUCUCUCCUGAAUACUAUCAAACUGCGGGCAUAAUUAUAAUCUGCAAACCCUCAAGUAUUACUUUGAUCCUCCUCCAGUUGGAGCCAAUGCAUACCGUAGAUGCAGUCCAUAAGAGGAUGUGUAUAAAAUGCAUUAAUACCAGUUAUGCCUGUGAUGAUACCUUCAUGUAACCGAACUCAUAAUGUCUUGACUCUGUGAUAUCUCACUGUGUGAUCUUCCUUCUCUCUUGAGCCUGACGCAUCAAGUCUUGAGGCUUGUAAGUUUUAAUGAUGUGUAAUAAAGUAAUGUCAAAAUGUU